UAUUAGUGUCAUCAACGGGCGCGCGCUGCCGGUGUGCGUUGACGGUUGCACGUGAAUCACCGUGAUGGCCAGCAGCUCUGAUGUGGUGAAGAAAGUCAUGCGGUUCAAACUUCAGCUGACGGACACAGCAGAGUCUGCUACGGUUGUAAAGAUUUUGCAGAAACUCAAGGAUCUGGAUAUCACAUUAGACAUUCUUUCUGAAACUGGAAUUGGCAAAACAGUUAACUCCUUGCGCAGACAUGAACAGGCUGGAGAAUUGGCCAAGUCACUAGUUAGGGAUUGGAAAAGAUUGGUCCCUAAGGAAUCCACAAGCUACAAAGAGGAUGCAUUAGAGAGUUUGUCUGUUAAAGACAAACAGGAUAAACAAAACUGUCCAAAUAAUGGAAGUUUGACCAUGGACGAUUCAAACAACAAUGGCUUAGCAUCUCAUGGUAAGAGAGAUUCUACAGACGAGGCCCUCUUCAAAACAGGGAGUAGGAAAGCCGAUUCAGAGAAACAAUGUGAAGAACAGAAAAAACACAAGUACCAGAAUGAAAAACAAGAAAAAAGUCAACAAGAAAACCAGGAUAUCUGUAAGAAUAACAUCUCGAAAAAGAACAUUGAAAUGGACCAAGAGGAUCAAAUGGACAGCUCAUUUGUCUCCAAGAAGAAGAAAGGUGAUGAGAGUAACAGGAAAUUAGGAGACACUGAUACUUUUCUUGGAAACAAAAACUCAGGGGACUCUCAUCAGAAAUCCUGCUCUUUUUCUAUGGGAAAAUUGAAAAGCAGCUCUGAUAGUGGAAGAAUUGGGUCAGAAAAAGAGUCAAAUAGGAAACUAAAAGAAUCAUUAAAAGAAGGCAAAGAGUCUUUUUCAUUUGAAUCUAGUGCCAAACACUCAGAAAAGUUGAAGCGGGCUAAUGUCAAAGAUAACCAAUCUUCAGAAAUAUCGAAGAUCUCAGAGCCCCAAAACACAAAAAGGAAAAGAACAAGUAAAGAGAAGCACGGCACUGUAAAAUACAAACAAGAGUCUGAAAAAAAUAAAAAAGCCAAAAUAAAGCACAAAGACAAGCGAGAUGGAGCCCAGAGGAGCCCAGAGGAGCCCUCCUUGUCUUUUGAAUCAUACUUGAACUACGACGUGAAUGUUUUUAAGAGAAAAGAGAGAUCGGGAGCGAAGAAACCUCCCAAAACAAUCAAGACUGUAAAAGAGGAAGUAACAAAAUAUCCUGGCAUGAAACCUUUCACGUCACCUGUGAUGUCUAUAAAUGUUACCUCUCCAACACAGAAGUUUAAGGAGUCGGUAUUGGAACUGAUUCCAUUUACUAUUCCUUUACCUGCUGUUCUGCCUGAAUGUGAAAAGCCAUUCAGUGUUGAGAACUUUGAGAGGAAAGUUGACAAGGAGUCUGAUUUCUGUGACGUCUCUGAGGAGUCUGCAGGCUUCACUGGUCAACGACUUAACAAAAAGAUGCAAGUGUACUCUGGUGCCAAGACCGUCUUCCUCCCAACCAUGAUGAGCCUUCACCAACAGUGCAUCCGCACACUCCAGAAUAAUAUUAACUUGCUUUAUGAAACUGGCGGAGUCCCUUUUGAAAUCCUCGAGCCGGUGCUGGAGAGAUGUACACCAGAGCAGCUGCUACGCAUUGAAGAAUACAACCCAAUUUACAUUGGAGAGACGGACCACUUAUGGGGAAAACAUUGUCAGAGGGACUUCAAAGACUCCAAACUUCAGGAGUAUGAAUCAUGGAAAGAGAUGUAUGUCAGGCUGUCGGAGGAGAGGGAAAGGAAACUCAAAAGGCUGACAAAAAGCAUUGUCUCGGCACAUUCAAGCAAACCCAAAGGUCGGCAGGUGAAGAUGGCAUUUAUUCACACUGUUGCCAAGCCACCGAGAGAUGUGCGAAUUCAGCAGGAAAUUCAUGGAACUGCUGUUCAGCAGCCUCCACUCAGGUGCAGCGUUAAGGUUCAGGACAACAGACCAAGACCGAGUUGCAAUGAGCCCAGCAGAUCCAGCAGCACCAGUUCAGGGGCAACCAAUACACAAGACCCUCGCAAAAAAACAAGAGUUGCUCCAAUGAUGGCAAAGUCCUUAAAGGCAUUUAAGAAACAGCUGGGACGCAGAUAAAUGCUCUUAUAUGAUCUUGAUAUUUGCAGUGUGUGGAUGUGGGGAAAGUGCACUCUAUCAUUCAUUAACUUUGGACAAUAGGACUGUUCACCUUAGAUUAUUCUGUUUGUCUAAAUAUACAGACAUUUGCCAUGAUCUUUUCUCUAUAACUGUGAAUUGUCUUUACUAUUAAAGGGAAAAUGUAA